AUGUCCAAAACUUUCACCAAGGGCGAUGUCGCAUCGCAUAACAAGCCCGCCGACCUCUACAUCAUCAUCGACGAGGACGUCUACGACCUCACCAAGUUCCAAGAUGAACAUCCAGGUGGCAAGAAGAUCCUCACGCGCGUAGCCGGCAAGGACGCCAGCCAGCAGUUCUGGAAAUACCACAACGAGGGCAUCCUCAAGAAGUACAAGGGAAAGCUCCAAGUUGGCUCGCUCGAUACUAAGAAACCCGCCGCACUGCCGACUCCCCCGCCUUCUCCACCUGCUGCAAAGCCCGCCGCGGCGAGCAAGGCUGUGGCUCCUGCGCCCGCGCAAGCUGCGGCUGACGACGACGACGAGCCGCUGGAUCCGUUUGGAGAUCUGGUUCCCUUUGCGGAUCCUAGUUGGUAUCAGGGCUACCACUCUCCCUACUUUAACGAGUCGCAUGCGGCUCUCCGCGACGAGGUGCGCGCCUGGGUCUCGUCUGAAAUCGAGCCCAAUGUUACCGAAUGGGACGAAGCCCGCAAGGUCCCCGACGAUAUCUACAAACAGAUGGGCAAGAGAGGAUACUUGGCUGGGCUGUUGGGUAUGCACUACCCCACGGAAUACACAGAGAACCGGGUCGCCGCUGUACCGCCCGAGAAAUGGGAUCUCUUCCACGAGAUGCUGCUCACCGACGAGCUCUCCCGUGCCGGGUCUGGCGGUUUCGUCUGGAACGUCAUCGGAGGUUUUGGUAUCGGGUGCCCACCCCUGGUGAAGUUCGGGAAGAAGUCCCUGGUAGACAGGAUCUUGCCGGGGAUCUUGAACGGUGAUAAGAGGAUCUGUCUUGCGGUCACGGAGCCGGAUGCGGGCAGUGAUGUGGCGAAUUUGACAUGUGAGGCCAAGUUAAGUGAGGAUGGGAAGUACUAUAUCGUGAACGGCGAGAAGAAGUGGAUCACGAACGGAAUCUGGAGUGAUUACUUCACUACUGCUGUACGGACAGGAAAGGAUGGGAUGAACGGGGUCAGCGUAUUGCUUAUCGAGAGAUCGUUCGGUGGUGUGAGUACGAGGAAAAUGGACUGCCAGGGUGUGUGGUCAUCAGGAACUACGUAUGUCACGUUUGAGGAUGUAAAAGUCCCCGUGGAGAACCUCAUCGGAAAGGAGAACCAGGGUUUCAAAGGUAUCUUCCCCUCCCCCAUUCAGACCCUCCUGCCCCCUAAGUCCACGAAACUAACACCCCCUAAAGUCAUCAUGACCAACUUCAACCACGAGCGUAUCGGAAUCAUUAUCCAGUGCAUCCGCUUCUCUCGCGUCUGCUACGAAGAAUCCGUCAAAUACGCGCACAAGCGCAAGACGUUCGGCACCAAACUGAUCAACCACCCCGUGAUCCGGCUCAAGCUAGCGCACAUGGCUCGGCAAAUCGAAGCGACCUACUCCUGGCUCGAAGCCAUCAUCUACCAAUGUUCCAAGAUGGGCGAGACGGAAGCCAUGUUCCGGCUCGGCGGGCCCAUCGCCAGCCUGAAGGCCCAGUCCACCACCACCUUUGAGUACUGCGCCCGCGAAGCGAGCCAGAUCUUCGGCGGCCUGAGCUAUUCUCGCGGUGGCCAGGGCGGCAAGGUCGAGCGCCUCUACCGAGAUGUGAGAGCCUAUGCUAUCCCUGGUGGCUCCGAGGAGAUCAUGCUCGAUCUGAGUAUUCGACAGAGCUUGAAGGUGAACAAGGCGCUGGGUAUGAAGCUCUAG